UAGGGAAUUUGCGUUUUAUAUGUUUUAUGUUGUCACUGGUGCGACAUCUGGGCAAAACACUCUACAGAAACCAACUUUACCGACAACAAUAAUAGUUUUUUGGUUAGAAACGUCAAAAUUCUUUGUGUUGUAAUAAAAAAAAACACACAGUAAUGUGGUGAUAAAAGCGCGCAACAAUGUCGAUUUUAAACACAAGUGUUACGAAACAACCCUUGAAACUGAUCGAAGUGCCUUUAAAUAAAUUCAGUGAAGAAGUCAUUCCACACCAUCAAUUUAUUUUUGAACAACACAAAACACUAGUUCUCAAGUUGCUAUCGCAAAACAAUGCCCCACUUGUACGUCAAGAAGUGAAAAACAAAAAACGAAUCGUGAAACAAUUGAAAGAUUUAAUGUACGAAUUGGACACUUUGAGGGCACAAGUGGAAGACUCUGAUUUGGAUAAAUUUGACACCAAAACUUUAUCUUUUAGAAAAAUUAUAAUUACGUUAAUUUCUGGUUACACAGAUUUAGAAAAACGAAGUAUAGCAUUAGACAACCAAACCCAAGAUGAGGAGGAGAGACUGUGCCCCUUUGAGGGGGCCUCCCAGAUCCAGUUGCAAGACACUCUUGACGACAUUAAACUAAGACAACGCCAAGAAUUGUUAAACGAGGUUGAAACCGUUCAAAGAGACACCGAAGACUUGAACCAAAUUUUCACACAUCUCAACGAAAUGGUGGAAGGACAACGAGAGCAAGUCGAGCAUGUUGAGGAAACAAUUGAAGAAAGUAAAGAAAAUGUACAAUCGGGGUUUAAACAACUCGUCAAAGCCCACAAAUUGAAAACUGCUGUAUAUCCGGUCACGGGGGCGUUUUUAGGGUCCAUGAUUGGGGGGCCUGUGGGACUAGUCGCAGGGUUUAAAAUUGGGGGCUUGACGGCGUUAGGGUGUGCCAUUGCGGGAUACACAGGGGGGAAACUCUUCAAGAAGAAUCAUGAAAUGGAAGAAACGGAAGAGAAAGGGGAAGAAAGUGUGCAGAUGGACGAGAAACAUGAAAAGAAGGAUAUAUGACAGUGCGUCCUUUGUUAAUUAACUUAUUUCAGUGUGAUUUUUUUAGUUAUUAUUUUUAAAUGUAAAAAUUUUAAUAAAUUAUUUCAAAACAA